AUGAGCACCAAAACAGAGCUUCCAAACUGGCCACAGUAUGUUGAGGACUUCACGCAAAAUAAUAACGUGGCUGCAAAAAGUUGGAUCUGUCCCAAUUCCCUGCGCGUCUUUGCGAUGCGAGACGCGAACCCCCCGCUGGUGGAGCACCUUGUGCCAGAGAUGCCAGACGCUGCAUCCGCCACAGGGAUCCCCGAGGCCGGUAGAGAGGAAGCGAGCGAGACGACGGCGCACUGCGGCCCCCAGAGACACCGACGGGUGGCAGCGAACGCACGGGAGAGAAGAAGGAUGCACGGCCUCAACAAAGCCUUCGAUGAACUAAGGAGUGUCAUUCCUUCUUUGGAGAACGAGAAGAAGCUCUCCAAGUAUGACACACUCCAAAUGGCGCAGAUUUACAUCACGGAGCUGUCGGAGCUUCUGGCUGGAGUGGUGCACCAGGAACACAGAAACUCUCAUGCAGCUUCCACGGACAAAACCACCAGGAAGAACCUCAUUCACACUCUCAUCCCGGACCAGAACCCACGACGGGACCCUCCCUCUUCCCACCUCAUCAUACUGGGGCCUAAAUCUGAUCUGAAUAAAAGCACUUCUUGCCACAGCAGUGAUGGGGAAUCUUCUCCUCUCAGUGACGUGGAGGAAAGUCACAGUGGGAAACGUUAA